AUGGCUGAAUUAGUAUCAUUAGAUUCAAUAAAUCGAUCAGAGUCAAGUGCAUCAUUACAAUCAAAUGCAACUGUUAAUUCUAGACAUUCAUCAAUUUGUUCAUUAUAUAGUACAGUAAGUACACGAAGACGAUAUGGAUUUCUUAAUAAAAUGGGAAAUGGUUUCCAAUCAGUCUUUCGACGAAUAACAAAAACACACAAAACAUUAUCUGAUAAGGAAAUUCAAAUAUUAUCUACAGUCACAAAUUUUGAUCGUGAACAAAUUCUCCAAUGGCAUCAAAAAUUUCUAGGUGAUUGUCCAAAUGGUUAUAUGACACGAAAACAAUUCGUAUCUAUGUAUAAAACUUUAUGUCCAAAUGCUAAUGCUGAACGUUUUGCUCGACAUAUAUUUCGUGCGUUUGAUCUUGAUAGAUCGAAUACAGUUGAUUUUCGAGAAUUUCUUAUUGGUUUAUCGAUAACAUCAUCAUCAAGUUCAAUACAAACAAAACUUGAAUGGUUAUUUCAAGUAUUUGAUAUUGAUGGAAAUGGUUUAUUAACACGUAUGGAAUGUUUAGAAGUGAUUGAUGCAAUUGUAAGAUUUAAUCAUCAACCAAUGGUUGAAGAUAAUUUUAAUAUUGAACAAUUAGUUCUUUCAGCUAAACGAAGUAUGAUGAAAAUAUUUGAUAAUAUAUCUGAAAGAAAUUGUAAUUCAUUAACAAUGGCAGAAUUUGUCGAAGGAUGUUAUCAAGAUAAAUUAAUUUCACAAUUAUUAGCACCAAAUCAAGAAAAUGGUCAGAGUUCGACAAGUACGCAAAAUACUCAUGAUAUGUCUAUAAUUACUGAAUAA